AUGUACCGGACCCCAUACCGGAAGGCUGCAGACCGCAUCUCGAGCCUAUCUUGGGGCGACCUGAGAACCCCGGCCACCAAGGGAGACAUCCUGAGCAUACUACAGAAUCUGCGCACCCUGUUCCGCUCAGACAUGGCGAUACUGCAGGAAGAAGUUACAACUGUCACAGGCAGAGUGAAGGAUGCCGAGGAGGACAACGCCACCAAACAACGGAGGAGAAGUUAA